GCGGAGGGGCAGGAGAGGUGCGCGCAUGCGCAAAGAGGAGGCGGAAGCGGAAGCAGCGCGGGGGCGCUAAGAUGGCGUACCAGACCUUCCGGCAGGAGUACCUGCAGGUGCCGCCGGUGACGCGGGCCUACACCACAGCCUGCGUCCUCACCACCGCCGCUGUGCAAUUAGAACUAAUUACACCCUUCCAGCUGUAUUUCAACCCCGAAUUAAUAUUUAAACACUUUCAAGUAUGGCGGUUAAUCACCAACUACUUAUUCUUUGGACCAGUCGGCUUUAAUUUUUUAUUUAACAUGAUCUUUUUAUACCGUUACUGCCGGAUGCUUGAAGAAGGCUCUUUUCGAGGUCGGACGGCAGAUUUUGUAUUUAUGUUCCUUUUUGGAGGACUUUUAAUGACCAUCUUUGGCCUGUUUGUCAACUUGGUGUUCUUGGGUCAGGCGUUCACAAUAAUGCUCGUGUACGUCUGGAGCCGCAGGAAUCCCUACGUCCGUAUGAACUUCUUUGGGCUUCUCAUCUUCCAAGCUCCGUUCCUACCUUGGGUACUGAUGGGCUUUUCACUGCUUUUGGGGAACUCCAUCAUUGUGGAUCUCCUAGGCAUUGCAGUCGGGCAUAUAUAUUUUUUCUUAGAGGAUGUCUUUCCCAAUCAGCCUGGUGGCGGAAGGCUUCUGAGAACACCAUCUGUGCUGAAAGCAAUAUUUGAUACACCAGAAGAUGAUCCUAAUUACAAUCCCUUGCCAGAAGAACGGCCGGGAGGAUUUGCGUGGGGAGAAGGUCAACGUCUUGGAGGCUAAUCAGAUGGCUGUGCCAAAACCCAGCAGUGACUGGGAGAGAUGAACCUGGAGUUCUGUCCCGGGGAAUCCCUCAUUCUCCAUCGCAGAAAGAACACUCUUCAUCAGCUCUAUGGUUUUGAAUACAAGCACUUUAUGAAAUGGCAGUCUAAUCCAAGACACUUCCAGGCUACCAGUGUCUUCCUUAGCCGGGGAAUUUACUGUGCUGGUAAUGCGAAUGUUAAUCCAGUGGAGCCAAAAAACUUUAAACUGGAAACCAUUUCCUGUCAACUUCAGUUAACAAGACCAUGAGUACUUGUUUGAAGUGAUUUCUAAAGCAUUUUUUUUCAAGUUAUUUGAUACAGGAAACUAUAUGGGGAACUUUACAGGGGACAAAAAAGCCUUUUUUAACUCCUUUUUUAAUUCUUGGAUAAAACAGCUUCAAGAUGGGUAAGAGUGCAAGUCCCUAUUUCAGUGGUAAAUGUUUUUUAGUCCGAGAUGGUAGUGUCUCCAGUCUUGUUUGAAGUGUAAGAAAUACAUCAUUCAACGUAAAUCAUUUUGGAACGUGCCUCUCUGUGAACACACUUGCAGGCUGUGACUACACUGUGAUGGUUUUUCUCCCAGAAACUGUGUGUUGUGACAACCAGGUGUGACUCUGGUUGGCUAAAUGGGGCCACACUGCCUGCCUCCUGCACAGGCACACUUCCAGCAGUCCUUACGUUCCUUGGAGCACUAGGAAGGAGUCUGUCUGGUGUUGAACUGUUCGAAUAUCUCAGAUAAUGAGUUGAAUAAAAUGUUUUCUGGA